GUUAGCUUCCGGAUGAAUUAAACCUUCUUCACCUUGGUAUCAUGGCCAGACAUAACACAUUUCUCACGGGUGACAUGCGAUCCUAAGAAAGAGAAGAAUGCGGCUGUGCCCCACCUUCCUGCUGCAGCGCUGGCUGUGGUUGUGUGUGUGCGCCAGACAGUGGCACUGCAGAAAUGGCAACAACUGCAGACUACCGCUGUGUGUGAGGCAGAUAUGGGCCUACCUCAGACUGAUGGUCGACUCCCUCUAUUACAACACCCUCACCAACUCUGACGUUGUCAUGGACUCACUGAUGGAACCCAUCUUAUGGAUGGUGGACCUACUCACCCGCAGGUUCGGGGCGGUGUUUGUAUGUCUGUUAGUGAUACUGACCACUUCUAUCCUGCUGGUAGUCUAUGUGGUUAUGCUGCCCGUGAUCUUCGACACGUACUCUCCAUCCUGGAUAGCCUGGCACAUGAGUUACGGACACUGGAACCUUGUCAUGAUCGUCUUCCACUAUUAUAAAGCUACCAAUACUGCCCCAGGAUACCCCCCUACGAUGAAAAAUUCCAUUCCAUUUGUGUCCAUGUGUAAGAAGUGUAUCAUCCCCAAACCAGCCAGAACUCACCACUGUGCCAUCUGCAACACGUGCAUUUUGAAAAUGGACCAUCAUUGUCCGUGGCUGAAUAACUGUGUCGGCCAUUUUAACCAGCGGUACUUCUUCUGCUUCUGUGUUUCCUUGUCCCUGGGCUGUGUCUACUGCAGCAUCAGUGGUCGGAACCUUUUCCUGGAUGCUUAUAGUGCUUAUAAGCGCUUCAAACACAUGGACAAAUCAGGUGUCCCGGUGACAGGGAAGGGGAAACUCAUAGGCAACUUACCGCCUGUGCAGAGCACCUCCCAGACUCCUCCCUUAACGUUCAGAGACGAGAUGUUCCACAAGAGUGUCAUUUACAUGUGGGUGUUAACCAGCGUGGUGGCUGUAUCUCUUGGGGGGCUGACUAUCUGGCACGCAGUGCUGAUAUCCCGAGGAGAGACCAGCAUAGAGAGGCACCUCAACAACAAGGAGACCAAACGGAUGCGGAAAUGUGGCAAGGUGUACAAGAACUCAUUUAACUAUGGCAGACUGAACAACUGGAAAGUCUUCUUAGGUGUGGAGAAGAAAAGUCAUUGGCUGACGCGAGUCAUCCUGCCCUCUGGACAUGUCCCCAUUGGGAACGGCCUGACCUGGGACAUCUAUCCAUUCAGAAAAGACAUGAUGCCCGUCUGAGCCAAAUACAAAAUAACUGAAUUUAGACUUCUACAAAAUGAGGAAACACCUGAUAUCUGUCUGACCACUGACCCCACAGACUCUGUCCACACAGAACUACAUCUCCCAGCGGCCCCUGCUCCCUACAUAUACUGAUGUUACAUGACCAGGUUUUGGAGACGAGCAGGAGAGUGAAUACUGUGAGGACAACAGGGAAGAGAUGGGGAACGUUUGCUGCUCCUAAGUGAAACAACCCUACAAAAUGUUUCAACCCUGGUCCUGGCACAGGGCUUGUGUAAUAAAGGCCAACCACACUCCAGAACUUGUAAUGAUGUGGGGAUGAACUGUUUCAUAAUGUUUUCAGACUACUACAGUGUACCACAGUAUGAGUCGUCAUAUUACCCAUAAGACCUAGAGGUCAAACGGAAAUUAAUAAAAUUAUUUUUUUCCACCAUUCACUUUCCCCAUAGAUUAAAAAAAACACUUAAAUUAAGGGCUGGGUUUAGUUUUGAUAACUGUGUAAAUCUUUCUAGGAGAAGGUGACUUAUCAAUAUAUUUGCCUGUAUUUACC